AUGCUGACCCAUAGGUACCUGACACCGCCCCAUGGACAGCCGCCCCGGGUGUACCAGUAUCUCGUAAAUCUGUUAGCUUCCUACCAUAUUGUAGAUAUAAAGUACACCCAUGGACCAGGAUUUCAGGAGUUCCUGUCUGUACAUGUUGUGCCUGGAGCUUCAUGCCUACAAAACCUACUGAGGGCUGCGAAACCAAAGAGUGGGGUUUUCUGCUUCUUGAUUACCGAGGCAAGAGAGACGACAGCACUAGAAAUGCCUGACCAUGAAAACACCUUUGUUCUCAAGGCAGAAAACAACAUGGAGUAUGUAAUCGAAGCACACGAUACUGAUGACAUGCGCUCAUGGCUUGCUACAAUUAAAUACUGCAUGCGCACAAAUAUCAACUUCAGUGACAGUCCAGAUGGCAGCCGUAGUCUUUUGGCAAGUGGAGUAUCGGAUGGUGAUCGAGCGCGACUUGGUGCUGGGAUGAAGUUGGCAAGUGGUUCGUUCGACGGCAAUGGUGAAAGUGCAGGCGCUGAACACCCACCUGAACUACCCCCACGAGUUCAUGCAUCAAGAUGUGCUACUGAAACUUCAGGUUUACGUCAUUCCAGCAAUAGUAGUUUUGAGUUAUGCAGUACACAAUCACAGUUUUUUGGUGACGGGGAAAACCUGUCUGAACCUGAACUGGACUUAUGGAGUACAUUACGAGACUAUCCUUGGUUUCAUGGAACCCUGCCUCGAUCAGAAGCAGCACACUUGGUUUUAAAUGAUGGCCUUGGAGGCCACGGAAUUUUUUUAGUACGCCAAAGUGAAACUCGUAAAGGCGAGUUUGUACUGACAUUUAACUUUCAAGGACGUGCUAAGCAUUUACGUAUGACGCUGAAUGAUCAAGGACAGUGUCGAGUCCAACAUUUAUGGUUUCCAACAAUCUUCGAUAUGCUGGAGCAUUUCAGGCAACAUCCUAUCCCUCUGGAAUCAGGUGGCACUGCUGACGUCACACUGACUGAGUUUGUGGUAGCACUUUCAGUGCACCGUGGACUUGGUUCGCGGUCUUUGCCAGUUAAUGCAAGUGCAUCAGAAGGACGAAGACUACCAGCUCCUCCUGAGCCUCGAGAGGUGGUAACACAUGCAGGAACUAUUCGUACGAGAACAGAAUCAAUGGAGCGUAUUCAAGAGAGGCAAAGUGGAUCUGGAGGUUCUACCAGUGCUGGAAGAGCUGUUGAAAACACAUAUAGCUUUGUUUGAUUGUACAUGUUCAUUUUUAUUUAAUACAUAUUGAAUAUUCAUCUCAGAUUCAGCCUAUUUUCAUCCAAAUUAUGUAAUAAAGGUGACCAAAAAUAUAAAUAUACUCCGAAUGGGAGGGCCUUUUGUAUCAAUGUGUAUGAUACGUAUUUAUAUCAUUUAUGCUUACAAGAAAUGGAUAAAUGUCACAAUUCGAUGCUUCUGGUCUUCAUCACUAUUAAAAAGAAUCUCAUCAGGA